AGUUGCACUCACUUAAUCUCGAUCGUUGAUUUCCUGCUGCAUGGUCGACUGCUACAGCCGAUGAAAAUUCCAGUGAAUCCAUGAGUUGAAACCUCAGUGAGAAAAUGAGGGAGGAGAAAGAGAUAGAGAAGAAUAAUCGAAAGGAAACAGACAAAAUGGUGGUGGGGUUUCUUUAGGAUUUGUAGGGAGAUAGUGUUAGGCAGCCUCUUAUUGGUGGAAGCCGUAUAUUAUUGCUCAAGGAAAGAGUGAGGAGCUAGAACAACUCUAGCCUAGAGAGUGAAACCAAAAGAGAGAAGAGAAAAAUAACAAAAAAAAGGAGUAGAUGCAGUGUUAGUUCUUAUUAUUCUAAUCUUCUCUCUUGUUGCAAAUUCCUUUUAGAAUCCUUGGGAUCAUCUCUGUCCCCGUUCUGGGUGGUUUCUGUCAUACUCCAGGAACUGUCUUGUUCUAGCUCUUGCUUGGUCUGAAAGUUGAUUUCCGAACAGGUACUGUGAAAUCCUUGGGAAUCGUAUUACAGAGACUGCAGCAAUCUGAAGCCUACUGUCCAAGCCAGUUUGAAGCCAAAGACUGAAUUUUUGUGUGAUGACAGAGAUAAUCACUUUGUCUCGUCAUCUUCGUGAUGAUUCAUCAAUCUGUCUCGUCUUCUGCUUCUGAAGACGAUGGCCACAUUCUUCUCCACUUCCACCAAUCAGAGAGACCUCACCGGCGGCGUCGGCAGCGGCGGCAACGAGAUGUCGUUCCAACACUACCCACCGCCGUCUAACCCUUACUCGGACUCAUCGGCCGGCGGUCUGAUCCCGCUCCCGGCGACCAUCGUGUCGCAGAGCCACGUUGGGCACGGCGGGGACGAGGCGCCGGCGGCGUUCAUCGGGACGAGGGAAGCGCCGGCGGACAGCGGCGAGAUGGGCGGCCUGCAGACGCAGCUGCUCAUGGCGAACGGCGCGGCGGCGCAGCGCCACCAGGGCGGGCUGUCACUUAGCCUCGGCACGCAGGUGCCGUUGUCUCUCUACCAGUACAGGCCGGCGGGCAUGGCGGCUGCCUCGCUCCUCAGCCCGAGCGGCCAGUCGCCGACGAUGGCGGGCAGAAGCGCGCAGAACAGCAUCUACGUGCAGAACUGCAGGUACUUGAAGGCGGCGCGCGAGCUGCUCGACGACGUAGUCAAUGUCAGGGACGCGAUCAAGCGGAAGGGAGACAAGAGCCAGGGCAAGGAUUCCGGCGACGCCUCCGACAAGAGCGACGACAAGGCCGGCUCGAACGCGCAGAAGGAGCAGGAGAGCAAUUCUGCCCCCGAGCUCUCGCCGUCGGAGCGGCAGGACCUCCAGAACAAGGUCAGCGCGCUCAUGGCCAUGCUCGAUCAGGUGGAUCGGAGGUACAGGCACUACCACCACCAGAUGCAGAUCGUCAUGUCGUCGUUCGACGCGGUGGCCGGCGCCGGCGCGGCGAAGCCGUACACGGCGCUGGCGCUGCAGACGAUCUCCCGCCACUUCCGGUCGCUGCGGGACGCGAUCGGCGCGCAGGUGCAGUCGGUGCGGCGGAGCCUCGGCGAGCAGGACACGUCGGCGCAGGGCGGCGGGCUCUCCCGGCUGCGCUACAUCGACCAGCAGCUGCGGCAGCAGCGCGCCAUGCAGCAGUUCGGCAUGAUGCAGCAGCCGCAGCACGCAUGGCGGCCCCAGCGCGGCCUGCCGGAGUCCGCCGUCUCCGUCCUCCGCGCCUGGCUCUUCGAGCACUUCCUCCACCCGUAUCCAAAAGAUUCCGAGAAGCUGAUGCUCGCGAGGCAGACCGGCUUGUCCAGGGGUCAGGUAUCGAACUGGUUCAUCAACGCGCGAGUUCGGCUAUGGAAGCCAAUGAUCGAGGAGAUGUACAAGGAGGAGUUCGGCGCGGAGAUGGACUCCAACUCGUCGUCGGAGAACGCCGGCAAGGGCAAGGACGAGGCGAUAUCGUCGGAGGACCGCGACGAGUUCCAGAGCCCGCCGAGCGCCGCCGCGGGGAAGCACGGCGCGGCGAUCCAGCUCAACCCGUUCAAGUCGGAGGCGGCGAUGGGCGGCAUGGACGGCGUCGGCCUGUCCAGCUGCCUCGACGGCGCCAUGGGCACGUACGCCACCAGCCUAAACCUGAACCGCCACGUGCCGCCGGGCGCCUCAGCCGGCGGCAGCACCAGCCUACUGCACGACGCGCUGCAGGCGCACCAUCACGCCGGCGGCGGCGACGCGAGGUUCGUCUCCUACGGCGACAUGGCCGACCUCGGCGGCGGCUACGACGGCGGCAGCGUGUCCCUCACGCUCGGCCUGCAUCACUGCAACAACGCCGGCCCCGUGCCGCCCGAGCAGCAGAGCCUGCUCUACGGCAGCGCCGGCGACUUCGAGUACAUGAACGGCUCCGACGACCGGCAGCGGUUCGGGCCGUCGCAGCUGCUGCACGAUUUUGUCGCGUGAUCAAUCAACCACGGCGCGCGAUGCAGCGGCCGCGGCGAUUGUGGGUGGGAAUAACGCGAGACGGCGUCAGAAGCCUGGCCCGGCCGGCCGCCGGCGCCGUCGACGGCGAGGGGGUAUACAAGUAUAUACAAGCAUGCACGAUGCAUAUACACGUACACUGGUGUUCUGGGUAAUUAAGUGUAGGGUGAGGGGUGUAACUGUAAAACACUGUAUAUGAGAGGAGGGGGUGUAGCUUUGCAGCUUGUAAAGAUAGAUUGGUAUUUUUGCUAGCUUGCAGUUUUCUCUAUUGCUGAUUGAUGGAUCAUUCAUAUAUAUGGUGAUGUGUUGGUCAGAUUGGACCAGAUGUUCAAUGGGCUUACUGUAAAAUAUAGGCAAAAAUGUUUCAUGUUUUGUACUUCAAGUUCAGGCAAUGCAAAUAGGAGGUGGUGUAUAAGUGAAAAAAAAAGGGUAAAAUGUAUGUUUUUCCUAUUUUACAUGAAUAUAUCCACGAGCAGGGUGGAACUAGGCA